GUGUCCAUGCAGCAGUGUGCUCUCUUCACUCUCCUCACUGUUUCAAGUGAUUUUAAAGUUUGUAAACGAUGGAGUCUGCUGUCAUUAUUCCUAAAGAGGCGAAUAAAUGGGAGAUUCGCCAGAAAGUGUGGGAUUACAUGGAGACUAAAGACCUGGCAAACUUCCCCCGGCCUGUGCACCACAGAAUCCCAAACUUCAAGGGAGCUCAGGGGGCGUGCACGAAGCUGGUGGGCUUUGAGUUCUUCACCAAAUGCCGUGAAGUCAAAGUGGAUCCUGAUAAACCCCUCGAAGGGGUUCGAUUAGCAGCUCUGCAGGCUGGAAAAACGCUGCUGGUCCCGACUCCUCGUUUACGGACGGGCCUGUUUAACAAAAUCAUCCCUCCACCCGGAGCCAGCAAGGAGGAUCUGCGAGUGUGCUCUACGUCUCAGGGUGUUAAAGAGUUCAGUGUCCCAGUGGGUUUAGACUCAAGAGUUCACGUGGAUCUGGUAGUAGUCGGAUCUGUCGCCGUGUCUGAGAAAGGUUAUAGAAUUGGAAAAGGAGAAGGAUAUGCAGACAUGGAAUAUGCCAUGAUGGUCUCGAUGGGAGCUGUGAAUGAAUCCACUGUGGUUGUGACUGUUGUUCAUGACUGCCAGGUUGUGGACAUUCCAGAGGGACUGACGGAGAGUCAUGAUCUCACUGUGGACUACAUCCUCACACCGAGCAGGGUCAUCAAGACCGAGUGUAAGAUCCCCAAACCCGAAGGCAUCAUUUGGUCAAAGCUCGAUGCAGAAAUGCUGGAGAAAAUUCCCAUCCUGAAAAAACUGCGAGCCUUGGAGCAGAAGGCUGGAAAGGAGGUAAUGCUGAAAGUGUCGUCCGCUGAAAGUGUGAAGACAAAACAGGAGCAUGAGCCUGAGCUGAGUCCUGAUCCAAAACACGACCUGAGGCACGAUCCUAAAAUCCCAAGGCAAGAUCGUACACUCACGCUUAUCGGCUCUGGUGAAGACGCUGGUGUGAAGUGUGAACGUUCUCAGGCUCGUGUAAACACGCUUUAUUUAGGCGCACUUCCAGCUGGACUGCGGGUGAGCGAGCUGAAGAGUUUCCUGAGAGAGCGGGACGCUAUACCUGUUCGACUCACCUGGCAGGGGGCACAGCGCAGGGCGUUCCUCGAGUACGGUGACGAGCGAGCCUCGGAUCAGGCUCUGGAUGCCCUGCAGGGGCUCUGUGUUCACGGUCACAUGCUGCACGUAGAGCGAGCCAAAACCCAAAAGGGCCUCCAUAGACCUGGAACAAACCGAAAGGAACAACUCGGACUGCAACAUCCACCAUCAGGAGAGUCCCAGCGGAGAGGUUGGAGGAAAAAUCCAGAAAAGAUGACCGAGGCAUGAGAUUUCAGUGGGAGAACAUCAUUGAUGAAUGAUCUUCUUCUAAAACAAUUGUUUUUGGAAAUAAAAUUCAGAAAUCCUUCUAAA